UCCUCGGCGCCUUCCAGCCAUUCCCGUGCGCGUGGGAGGUGCGUGCGGGCGCCGCGUGGGCCGCGGCCCGCAGCGCGGCGACGCGGGCGCGCGCACCAGCGCGUCGGCGCGGCGCGCCGCUCAGUGGCAGAGGGCCGGCAGAGGGCGUGGAGCUUCGCGUCGCGCACCCUCGCCUCUCUCCGGCACCCGCCCCGGGCGGCGCGCGAGUCGCAGAGCGGACGCGGCAGCGGCAGGCGGUCGCUGACGGUGGAGGCGGCUCGGCCGGCCCGACCCGACCCUCGCAGCCCCGGCCACGCCCCCGCGCCCCCUGGACCCCCGCGGCGGCAGCGCAUGCUGGCGCCAGCACCGGCCCCGCGCCCACGCCCGCCCUCGCCGGCCGCCCGCCGCCCUGCGCAGGUCAGCUGGGUUCUGAAUGGUUCUAAAAGUAUGUGGAGAAAUACGAAAAGGCUAGCAAGGAGUAAUGACAAUAAUACCAAGGUACUUGUCAUUAUGAAUGGUACGUCGCCGCCCUUGCUUGGUCCGUUGUUUCUGCAAGCCAGACGGGAUGACGCCGUGGAAAUUCGAGUGGGAAGGCUGUUGGGCGUGUCAAGGCGCGCUGCGCGGGCGGAUGGUGGAAAUUCUCAUUUGGCUCUGGAGGGAGGUGGCGGCUCGCGCCAUCGCCCUCAGCUGUCCAAACAGAGCGCUGAUGAGGUCCACAUGAGACGCAAU